UAUACAGAUCUAGACGUUUGUCUUAUUCGGAUGUUAAAACCUUGACAGAAUGGCAUUUUAUGAGAGACUUCCUUGUAUAGCAGAAGAAAAGCUUUACGUUGAUCAGGAGACGGAAUAUACCUUCUUUCAGAACAAUCCUGCGGAUGCGGGAUGGACCGAUGACAAAAUUGAGCUACCCUCAUCAGAUAGCAGCUUUGUCAGUUAUUGGAUGAAACUUUGCCAGGAGAAUUUGAGAGAAAGAAACAGAAUUCAACAAGAAUUGAUGAACGCACGACUUCCUCAGGAGGCACUUGAUGUCUGGGGUAUGAAGGAGUUCGGGAUGCACGAACGCGUUUUUGAGAUGGAGGAGAAACUGAUGAAGGCUCGUAAACAAUUCCAGAAAAUCGCAGCUGACGUAGACGAUUGGGCCUCCCUUGACUAUCUCCGAUGGAAACGAGACUCGGCGCUAGAGGAAAUUCGGAAACAAAACAAGCAACGGAACAUACCUCCUAGCUACGCUGUUCCUGCUUUAAGCAAAGGAGUGAAGUUACCACCAAUCGGAAAACCAGUUGUUAGAGUGACCGGGAGUUACAAACACCCCAAUCAUGCCAAUGCGCCAGUUGUAUCUACAGCUUUGCGUAGUCAAGAAAAGGUUUGCACAAUUCCAAAUUAUUCAACCGGUUUGAGGAAAAGGGUACUGGAAGAAGUGCAUUUGAAAGAGACAUUUGACUUGAAAAAAGCUCCAAGAAGAAUUCCUGUUAGAAAAACGGGGUUGACAACAGAAGACUUUCUCUCAUUCUGGUCUCCAAAACAAACAAAAGAAUCACGGGAACAGAGUAGAUUACCAUUACCUGUUAUUUGCGUCUCAAAAGCUAUCCCUGAUUUGGAUAUCGCAACUACAAUCUACAGUUCUCAAAAUCUGAUGCAAAGCUCUGAUCGAAAGUUAAAAGACGUGGAUUUGUCUUAUCCAAAGAAAAACAAGAGGGAUAAAUCAUUACACGCACCAUCUCAGAGUAAUUUAAUUUUGCAACGCAUCCCCAGUCCACCGGCACGUGAUGGCAAACGGAGAACAUCUACCAAAUUGCGGAGAUGUCAUUACAAACAAUCCACUUCUGCUUUACCGCAGUUGUGACCUGC